CAGGGGGCUAGCGCCCCAAGAAAGGCCCGCCCACCAGGAGCCAAGGGCGCCAGGGGCGGGGCCUCGGACCACGCCCCCAGCCGAGACGAGCAGGGGCCGAACGGAGCCGAGUGUCUCCGAGCACGGCCGAGCCCAGCCGAGUGGCCGGGAGUCGGUUGGUGCAGCUGCGUCCCCGCCGCUCAGCAGUCUGCGGCUCCGGCGUCGCCGGCGUCGCCUCAGCGGGGCCUGCGCCGGCCCGCAGGCCGGCCGCCAGGAGGGAGGCCCGGAGCGCGCAAGAGCGGCCCGGCCGCGGGCGCCGCCGCUGCAGCUGCCAGGACUGAAUUACAACUGCAGAAGCAACAACAAGUGAACCUUUAAAGAUGUACACGGGCUGCAUAAAGUAAAGAGACAAACUGGAGAAACUGAUGAAGUAAGAAAAAAGUAUGUUUCCCAGGUUCAAUACAGAAAACCUGCUUUCUGCAAACAGUUGGAAAAGCUGCCCUUGGAAACUUUCUUUGGCCCUCAUGGAGCAGCUGGGACGUGGACUGUGAGGCCUUUGAGGGACAAUAUCUCACCAAGUGACCACCCAGAGUGAUCGUCGCCAUGGCCAGCAAGAGGAAGUCCACCACCCCGUGCAUGAUCCCUGUGAAGACCGUGCUGCUGCAGGACACCAGUGCAGAGGCCCAGCCCGCUGCGGCUUUGCCCGAGGGCCCCCCGCAGGACCUGCCCCCAGAAGUGCCUGCCACCAGCAGUGAGGUUGCCCAGACUGCCAGCAGCGCUGAUGGCGCCACUCUGGCCAACGGGCAUCGGAGCACUUUGGACGGCUAUUCAUAUUCUUGCAAGUACUGCGAUUUCAAGUCCCAGGACAUAACUGACUUUGUGGGGCACAUGAACUCCAAGCACACAGACUUCAAUAAAGACCCCAGUUUUGUAUGCACUGAGUGCAGUUUUCUGGCGAAAACCCCUGAGGGGCUUUCUCUGCACAACGCCAAGUGUCACUUGGAGGAAGCCAGCUUUGUGUGGAGUGUGGCCAAGCCAGACAAUCAUGUUGUCGUGGAACAGAGCGUCCCCGAGAGCACCAGCACUCCUGACCCGCCGGGCGAGCCCAGCGCCGAUGGGACCGAUGGGCAAGCCGAAAUCAUCAUCACCAAAACUCCAAUCAUGAAGAUAAUGAAAGGCAAAGCUGAAGCCAAAAAAAUUCACACACUCAAGGAAAACGCCCCCAAUCAGCCCGCUGGCGAGGCCUUACCAAACACGCCAGCUGGGGAAAUGGGCAUGAAAGAGGGGGACCACUCCUUUGUCAAUGGGGCUAUUCCGGUUGCCCAGGCAUCUACCAGCUCCACCAAGCCUCCCCACACGGCCAACGGGCCCCUGCCAGGGACAGUGCCGGUGCUGCCGGCGGGUAUAGCACAGCUCCUGUCCCUGCAGCAGCAGCCCCCGGCGCACGGCCAGCACCACGUCCACCAGCCCAUGCCCACCGCCAAGUCCCUCCCCAAAGUGAUGAUCCCCCUGAGCAGCAUUCCGACGUACAAUGCGGCCAUGGACUCCAACAGCUUUCUGAAGAACUCUUUCCACAAGUUCCCCUACCCGACCAAAGCUGAGCUCUGCUAUUUGACUGUGGUCACCAAGUAUCCAGAGGAGCAGCUCAAGAUCUGGUUCACGGCCCAGAGGCUGAAACAGGGGAUCAGCUGGUCCCCCGAAGAGAUCGAGGACGCUCGGAAAAAGAUGUUUAACACGGUCAUUCAGUCCGUCCCUCAGCCCACAAUCACCGUUCUGAAUACUCCUCUGGUUGCCAAUGCUGGCAACGUCCAGCAUCUCAUCCAGGCUGCCCUCCCAGGCCAUGUCGUGGGGCAGCCAGAGGGCACAGCAGGGGGGCUUCUGGUCACUCAACCACUGAUGGCCAAUGGGCUGCAGGCAGCAAGCUCAUCUCUCCCCCUGGCAGUUACUUCCGUGGCCAAGCAGCCGGCCGUGGCGCCCAUCAACACCGUGUGUUCGAACACGACGUCGGCGGUGAAGGUGGUCAACGCGGCCCAGUCGCUGCUCACUGCCUGCCCCAGCAUAACCUCCCAGGCCUUCCUCGAUGCCAGCAUCUACAAAAAUAAGAAAUCUCACGAGCAGCUGUCAGCUCUGAAAGGUAGCUUCUGUCGAAACCAGUUCCCAGGACAGAGUGAAGUUGAGCACCUGACCAAAGUGACCGGCCUCAGCACCAGGGAGGUGCGGAAGUGGUUCAGCGACCGGAGAUACCACUGCCGGAACCUGAAGGGCUCCCGGCCCAUGGUGCCCGGAGAGCCCGGCUCCAUUCUCAUGGACUCCGUGCCAGAGGUGCCCUUCUCCCCAGCGUCCAAGACGCCCGAGGUGACCUGCCUCCCGACAGCAGCCACCCUGGCCACCCACCCUUGUGCCAAACGACAGUCCUGGCACCAGACUCCUGACUUUACACCAACCAAAUACAAGGAGCGAGCCCCCGAGCAGCUCCGAGCCCUGGAGAAUAGUUUUGCACAAAACCCCCUUCCUCUCGACGAGGAACUGGACCGCCUGAGGACCGAAACCAAAAUGACCCGAAGAGAGAUUGACAGCUGGUUUUCUGAGAGACGGAAAAAAGUGAACGCCGAGGAGACCACGAAGGCCGAUGGGAGUGCCUGUCAGGAGGAGGAGGAGGAGGUCGCCGAGGACGGGGGUGGAGCAGAGGAGUCCCCCUGUGACCUGAGAGUCCCUGGGGAGAAUGGCUCCCCAGAAGUGCCCGGCAGCCACACCUUGGCUGAACGCAAGGUCAGCCCCAUCAAAAUCAACCUCAAAAACCUGCGGGUCACCGAAGCCAAUGGCAAGAGCGAGCUGCCGGGGCUGGUCGCGUGCGAGCCCGAGGAGGAGGGGCCGAACAAGCUGGCCGCGCAGCCCCCGGGCAAGGUGAGCCUCAAGAAGACAGCGCAGCAGCGGCACUUGCUGCGCCAGCUCUUCGUGCAGACGCAGUGGCCGAGCACCCAGGACUACGACACCAUCAUGGCCCAGACCGGCCUGCCGCGGCCAGAGGUAGUGCGCUGGUUUGGCGACAGCAGGUACGCCCUGAAGAACGGCCAGCUCAAGUGGUACGAAGACUACAAGCGGGGCAACUUCCCACCAGGGCUGCUGGUCGUCGCCCCUGGCAACCGGGAGCUGCUGCAAGACUAUUACGUGACACGCAAGGUGCUCCAUGAGGAGGACCUGCAGAGCCUCUGUGACAAGACCCAGAUGAGCCCCCAGCAGGUCAAGCAGUGGUUUGCUGAGAAAAUGGGUGAGGAGACACGGGCCGUGGCAGACACAGGCAGUGAGGACCAGGGCACCGGCGACCCCGCAGCUGCUCACAGAGGUCCAGGGGAAACCUGUUCGGAGGUGUCCGAGGGCAGUGGGCCGUGGGGGCCCAGUGCCCCUGAGGCCGGCUCAGAGCCCUGUGGCACACCAAGUCCCCAGGCUGGACAUCAGCUGGAAACAGACUGAACUUGAACCGAUCACUGUGAAGGACUGGCCAGUCUGGGAUGCCACCUGCCACACGGAAGGGCCCAACCCACCUCUGCUGCCACAGCGGUUCCAACCCCGGCCUCUGG